GUUUGUAGUUGGAAAGUGGGUGGCAGUCAGUCUUGGAAGAGACUAGGAAUAUGUACAGUAUCUCCUAGCAAAUGGAAGACUGGCUGUGGAAGGGUGAGCCUGAUGGAAUGUGCCAGGGGUCCUGGAGUAGGAAUGGGACAGGAUUCUUCCUGGCAAAAAGAAGACUGUCCAUGAUUGGGAGAGUCCCAGGGGUCACAGGCAAUGAGAGGAAAGAGUUGUUUUAUGAGGAAGAAGAGAAAUGGAGAAUUCAGAAGAUCUUCAGAAUUUGUCUGUUCCAGCUCUCUCAGUGGAAUAGAGGAAAUGGUAUUCACCUUCUCUCUCUCAUUUCACCAUCUGAUCAGCAAUAAGGAACUCCCCCAGGAGGUGAACCAUCUCAUUGUUGAACAUCCUCAGGUAUGAAGUACAGUAUUACAUCAGUUGACUAAUUCAUCCAGAAUGGGUCCAUGUGUUUGCCCAGGCCCUGAGAGGAAUGUCAUCAGCAAACUUGAUGAUAUAACGAUUUUGAUAGUUGCGCUGACAGUCAGAAGAUGGAGAGGAGAAAGAAUGCAGCCUUGUGGUGAACCAGUAGAAGUACAAACAAGGUUUUUGACGGCAGUUGUGAAAAUAUGACCACACUCACACCAGAAAUAUACAGCACUCCUGUGCAGAUGAAGACCAGUGAAGACGAAUACAAUUACACAGAAAUAGACUACGAUAACUUCUUGUCAUGUAAAUAUGAAACACAUGGAGCUGCCUUCCUUCCAGCAGUUUAUUCUGUGUUGUUUGUAGUUGGGGUAAUAGGAAACGCUCUUGUUCUUUGGGUUCUGCUUCUGCAUGUAAAGUUGAAAAGCAUGACUGAUGUCUGUCUUCUUAACUUGGCCAUCGCUGACUUGCUGUUUGUUUUCUCCCUUCCAUUCCUGGCUCAUUAUGCCCGAGACCAGUGGGUGUUUGGUGAUCCCAUGUGCAGAAUAAUCCUGGGUUCUUACAACAUUGGCUUCUACAGUGGGAUCUUUUUCAUUACACUGAUGAGUGUAGACAGAUACUUAGCGAUAGUCCAUGCAGUGUAUGCACUGAAGGCCAGAACAGCAACACACGGAAGGAUUGCAAGUGUGGGCAUCUGGAUAGCUGGGUUUCUGUCUUCAUUUCCCGAGAUCAUAAAGAAUAAAGUUACAAUCGACGGAAACAAAUCAAUUUGUAAUCCUCUGUAUGUUGAUGACAGUGAGUUCUUCAUGGCAUUCCGUGUGUUUAAAAUGAACAUUCUGGGUCUGGUGCUUCCAUUAGGUAUCAUGGUAUUCUGCUACUCAAUGAUUGUCAGAAGACUACUCACCUCCAAGUCACCCAAGAAGCAUGCCAUUAGACUUGUUUUUAUGGUAGUCAUGGUGUUUUUUGUAUGCUGGACACCCUAUAAUAUUGCAUGUUUUUUUAGGGGUUUAGAGAUUCUUGAAGUAUACAGCUUUUGUGAAACUAGUAAAAGUAUUCAUUUAAGUCUCCAGAUUACUGAAGCUAUUGCCUAUUUGCAUAGCUGUUUGAACCCCUUCAUAUAUGUUUUCGUUGGGCAAAAAUUUAAAAAACACAUCUCAAGACUGAUAACCAGCUUACCUUGUGUAAACUGCAGAAUACUUAAAACCCAUCUGAAUUCAGCCACAGGUUCGGUAUACUCACAAUAUUCACUGUCAACAAGUAUAGCUGAACAGUCUACUGGAAUUUGAAUAUCUAUAUAUUUCUAUACAUGUUUUGUAUUGUUUAUCAUUUCGACAAAGAUAAUCGCUCUAUGUUCACCCAGGUUGUGUAUUUGCUCUUAACAUUAGUUUGUUUUUUUUAAUCGUUCUUGUUUAAAUAAUUAAUUUAGGGCAGAUUUGUGAAUUUGCACUCAUCUGCUAGAUCAGUUAACUUUAUUUUUUUAUCCCUUGUUGGUAUUGUAUUUUAUGAUGGAACAUAUGUACACAGAUCCCAUAAUCAACAUCAAUGUACUGGAGGUUACAAUAGUUUCAAAGUAAACUGAAUACUUUUACGACAGGAGCAGCUUGAUCAGUAAAAGCAUUUCCUCUGACUCUGAGCACAGAUUGAGCUCUAUGUCCCACAUACCCUGAGCUUGAGCCGUGAGUCAUGUCCUUGUCCAAGUGAGACAGGAUUCCAGAAAUGGCUGGACAUGACACUGCUGAAGAUAUGCUUGGAAUUAUUAAACCAGGAUGUCUCAUGUUUCUGUGAAAUAUUAACACUUCUUAAAGUGUCAUUGCUGUACCAGAGCUCUCGCCUUAAUACCCAACGCUUGUUUUCACUAUCUCCGAUCCCCUGUUUCAGACCUUUUUGGGUCUUUCAUGUGUAAAGUGUUAUACUAUGAUAAUUAUGUGACAAUCAGGUAUAUCAAUGUUUAUAUUUGUACAUAUCAAUUUUUAAAUUAUAAUGAGUGUGAUGUAACUUGU